CGAUUACGAGAAUGGCGCUACCCGCAACGAAAAGACGGAAGCUGGAGCAUAGUGGAUCCGAGGACGAGAGUGAAGGGAGCUUUGCUGACUUCGACGAUGCCAAUGGUGUGCAGCUAGACGAAAGCGACGCAGAAGAAGACUUGGCCGACGGUAGCGAUGUGUCGAUGAACGGCGCGGAAGAAGUGGACAAUUCCGAAGACCUGAGUGAUGAAGAAGAAGAGGAAUCCGAUGAAGGAGAAUCUACUCAUAAGACCGAAAAACAAGCACCGGUUGCGGCAAUUACCAACGGAUCGAAGCCACACAAAAGACCUGCCACGAGCCUUCAAGAUGGCGUGUACACCGCGGAAACGUUCAAAUCGAACAUGUUCAAGCUACAAGUCGACGAGCUGCUAGAACAGAUCAAGCCAAAGUAUGGUAGGAAGGAAGCUCCGGCAGAGAAUGCUAUGCGCACACUCAAAACCAUCAUCGAACAGAUACCCAGCCGCGAUGCGCUUCCUAUUCCUGCAGCUGAGAAGACGCUCAAGUCCGCCGGUGUCACGAUUCCCUUCCCUAGUCCCCACCCACCGAAAGACGCAUUGUAUAAGCUGCAGUACGAGCGACCUGCGAGUGUAAACGCAACCGGGAGCUACCCGCUCAAAACCACAACUCGCGCCGAAGACGAGCUAUCGAUCGACCUUGUCGUUACAAUGCCGAAAGCUUUGCUCCAGGAGAAAGACUACCUCAACCAUCGAUACUUCUACAAGCGUGCAUACUACCUUGCCUGUGUGGCUGCUGGGAUAAAGGCAUCGAAGGAUCACAAGUUCGAUCUAUCCUUCGACUGUUUGAACGGAAACCAGCUUCAACCUAUCCUCGUUGUACGCCCAAGCGGCAACGGCGAUGCGGACGAUUUCUCAAGCUCAAAGUCUCAGAUUCACAUUCUAGUAACUCUGCCGGAGAAUAUAUUCCCGCAAAACAAACUCCUACCGAACUCGAACUGCGUGCGUCCGAAGGGAGGUGAGGACGAAGCGUCUAGCAAAGCACUCCCUGCCACGCCCUUCUACAACAACACCCUACAAUCGGACGCCAACAUUACUGCCUACCUCAAGCUACUUCAUGCCACUGCCUCUAAGGCCGAUGCAUUCAAAGAUGCCUGCAUACUUGGCCGUGUAUGGCUGAAGCAGCGCGGAUUUGGGAGCCGACUGCGAAAGGGCGGAUUUGGUAAUUUUGAAUGGGCUGCCAUUAUGGCCCUACUACUACAGCCAAAUGUGGGAACAGGCGCACAGUCUCUUGCUUCAGGAUACAGCAGCUACCAGCUCUUCAAGGCGACACUGCAAUUCUUGUCACGAGGAGAUCUAACAAAGAAACCCUUCAUCUUUCAGGCACUCAAUAUCACCGUCCCGAAGGUUGAGACCGCUCCUGUUGUCUUCGAUGGACCCCGAGGCCAAAACAUCCUGUUCAAGAUGACGCCCUGGUCAUACUCGAGGCUUCGACUUGAGGCAAAGGCCACCGUGGAUAUGCUAGGCGAGUCUGUGUUCGAUCAAUUCGAUGCAGCUUUUAUCCUGAAGACGGAGUUGUCCAAGUAUAGAUACGAUGCUACCCUCGAGGUGCCCCUUGCAGCCUUCGACCUUGCAACAAUAGACGAGUCUCGCGAUCAACGACUGAGAGAUGUGUGUCGGAAGAUAUAUAACACUUUGACAAGCGCGCUCACAGACCGAGUCAAAGCAAUUUCGUUUACAAUGCCUGAAGAAGACGUUUGGUCGAUUUCUUCACGGCGGGCUCACGAGAAACCAGGCAAGAGUAUCCUUGUGAACAUCGCAACAGAUCCAGCAAACGCCAGUCGGACCGUCGACCAUGGACCUUCAGCGGAGAACAAGCAGGAUGCUGCUGCUUUCCGCAAGUUUUGGGGCGAGAAGGCUGAGCUGAGGCGAUUCAAAGACGGUAGCAUCCUUGAGAGCGUUGUGUGGUCAUUUAAGGAGACUUCUGCAUCCGUCUUGGAGCAAAUCGUUUCCUACGUUCUCAAACAACACCUUGGAGCGCAGGUAGCAGAGCAAGCUACAUUCGUCAGUGACGCUUUUGCGCAUCUUGUAACUGCUGGGCGUAUCCAAGGAGCAUCGGGAGUUGCCCCUUUCCUUCCGAUCAUGAAUGCCUUUUCUGCUAUGGAGAAAGAUAUUCGCGACUUGGAGGACCUCCCACUACACCUUCGCCACAUCAGAGCUGCCGAUCCGCAACUUCGUUAUGCCUCUGUCGACACUCCGUCUGCUGGACAUCCUCCGGCGUCGGUUGUGCUUCAAUUCGAAGGCUCCGGACGCUGGCCUGAUGAUCUUUGUGCCAUCCAGCGAACAAAGAUCGCCUUUCUCCUACGACUCUCCGAACUUCUAUCAAACCUUGAGUCUGGUUAUGUUGCUCAUGUGGGUCUCGAGAACCCAUCGCAACCAGCUCAAAACCAAGCGUUCCUCGACGUCACUGUCUCUACGGGCUUCACGUUCCGUAUCCGUAUCUAUCAUGACCGCGAGGUCACGUUAUUUGAGCGCCAGCUCAAGGACAAGACCUUGGAUGCACCAUCGCGCGAAUCUGCAGCUGCAUCUCUCGCAUUGUACAAACGUGAAUUCAUCCAGUCACCGUUGCAUUCGCAAGUACUGCAAACACUCAGCACUCGCUUUCCCGCCUUAUCACCUGCGAUAAGGCUAACGAAACAAUGGUUCGCGACACAUCUACUGUCACCCCACUUGGCUUCGGAGCUGAUCGAACUCUUUGUUAUCCGUACGUUUCUACAGCCGCAUCCCUGGCCUGUACCAUCAACAGCGACCACCGGGUUCCUAAGGACACUCGCCUGGAUCAGCCGAUGGGACUGGAGGCAUGUUCCACUUGUAGUAGACUUCUCCUCAACCUUUUCAGCCAAUCCUGCUGAGCUAGCCAAAGCAACCUCUCAAGGAAUGAAGCCUGAGGAUCUCGAGAGACUACAAACGCGCUUCGAAGCAUGGCGACGAAUCGAUCCCGCGAUGAAUCGAGUCGUCCUUUUUGCUGCCACGAACCUUGAUGAGGAAGGCACGACGUGGACAGACAAAGCACAGCCAGAAAAGGUUGUUGCUGCGCGCUUGACGGCGCUGGCGAAGGCUGCCACGCAGGCUGUUCGCGCGGACGAGGAUCGUUUGUUAAGUCACAUCAAUGCCAAAGGUGCUGCAGGUAAGGAAGCGCUUAGUCCGGAAUCGCUAUUCAUUACGAAUGUCGAAGAGUACGAUAUCGUUAUCACUAUUAACGCGAAGCAUACGCUCAAGUCGAGUAAGAAGCGCAAAUCAGAACCCCACUUCAAGAAUCUAGACCUGCAGAAAUCGACCCGGUCUGAAGCUGCUUCUACUCCACUUCCGCAACUCUUUGCGCAAGAGCUGCUAGAGGUGUAUGGUGACGCCGUACUGUGGUUCUGGGACCCUCUGAGUCUGGAUAGAAUUGUGGGCUUGUGGAAUCCGGUGGUGACGGGACAGAGAAGUUGGAAGAUCAAGGCUGGAUGGAAUAGUGAGCCGAUCAAGAAGAAAGAUGGUGUUGAUAUCAAAGCCAAUAAGAUGGCUAUUGUAAAUGAAAUUAGGAGAUUGGGUGGAGAUAUGAUCAAGGGAAUUGUGACCAAGAGGUCAUCUUGAGUCGGAACUGGAGAUUGGGAAGAGAUCAUAUAGAUGAGACAAUAACAUAAUUCAUGGGACUUAAUCAGCUACUGCUAGCUUAAGGGAUCAACUUGCCGUCCCUUAGAUGAUGACGAGCUACAGAGAAG